AUGUCGAAACAAUUUAUGAAAUUCCCCUCCAGAAGGUCAACAGUAUAUUCUUCUAAAGGAAUAGUUGCUUCAACUCAACCACUAGCUAAUGCUGCUGGGUUGAAAAUUUUAGAUAAGGGAGGAAAUUGUGUUGAUGCAGCAAUUGCGGUUUCUGCUGCUUUAACAAUUACUGAACCAGGGUCUACAGGUAUUGGAGGCGACUGUUUUGCACUUUACUACAAAUUGAAAGAUAAACUGGAUCCAAAAAGUGGGGUCGUGUUGGGGUUAAAUGGAUCUGGUAGAGCUGCACAAAAUGUGACACCACAAGAUGUUUGGAACGAGCACAACGAAGGGAAAUAUAUGCCAAGAAUACCUUACACUUCUGUUUUUUCAAUCACUGUUCCAGGGGCAAUUGCUGGUUGGUUUGAUGCUUAUGAAAAAUGGGGGUCAGGUAAAGUUACUUUUGAAGAGAUUCUUACUCCUGCUGUUCAAUUGGCGGAAGAAGGGUUCCCUGUUUCUGAAUUAUCAAGCCACGCCUGGAGAAAUUGUAUUCCUAAAUUAUUGAAACAAAAUCCUGACGUGAAAGAGAAUCCUUUUGUUCUUGAAGGUAAUCGAGGACCUGAAGAAGGUGAAUAUGUAACUAAUCACCGCGUGGCUAAAUGUCUCAGAUUAAUUGGCAAACAUGGGAAGAAAGUUUUUUAUGAAGGUGUAAUCGCAGAGGCAAUUAUUAAAACUACCAGUGGUAGAAAUCACAAAUUAACACUUGAUGAUCUUAAAAAUCAUACUUCUACCAUAGUUGAACCAAUUAAACUUAAUUUUCAAGACUACAAUGUAUGGGAAAUUCCACCUAAUGGACACGGGUUGGUUGCCUUAAUAGCUUUGGGGAUAAUUCAGGAACUUCACAAUCUGGGUAAAAUUAAUUUACACGAAUUGAAACACAAUUCGUCACGUUAUUUACACAUAUUAAUUGAAGCCUGUAAGCUUGGAUUCUACGAUUCAGAUGAAUAUGUCUCAGACCCAACUUUCAAGGAUAUUCCAAUUGAUGGCUUAUUAAAUCCUAAAUACUUGAAAGCUAGAUCAGAACUUAUCGAUUCAAACAAAAUCAUAGAUGGUGAUAAAAUGAAACACGGAGUUCCAGAUCCAAAAUUUAAAUCGGACACAGUUUAUCUUACAGUGAGUGAUUCCAAUGGAGAAGUUUGUUCUUUUAUAAACUCGGUUUAUGAAGGAUUUGGCUCUGCCAUAUUAGUAGAAGAUUAUGGAUUCUGUUUACAAAAUCGAGGCAAUAAUUUCAAUUUUACAGCGGGACAAUCAAAUUGUUUAGAAGGUGGUAAACGACCAUAUCAUACAAUCAUCCCAGGAAUGAUUACUAAUAAUGAUGGAUCAUUGUAUGCUGGUUUUGGUAAUAUGGGAGGGUUUGCUCAGCCUGUAUGCCAUGUGCAACAUGUAUUAAAUUUGACUGUAUUUGGAAUGACUCCACAACAACUGAUUGACUCUCCCAGGUUUGUAUUGAAUUCUAAUAAUGACGACUCCGCUGACAGAGGACGCGGGGCAGGUGGUCCAGUUCGUACUCCAAUAACAGUUGUGCAAUUAGAAGAAGGUAUUGAGCCUAAUGUGAUUGAUGAUUUGAAAAAGCUUGGACAUGAAGUGGAAGUUUUAAGUGGCUAUGGUAGAGAAACUUUCGGCCGAGCACAGAUCAUUAAAAAUGUUUCCAAAGAUGGAAAAUUAAUAUACGCUGGUGGUAGCGACAUGAGAGGUGAUGGUGCAGCUGUUGCCUUGAUUUAA